AUGUUCCCGUCAUUUGGAUUUGAAGCAGCAGUUGGCACUGUCCAGGACUACAUUAGCGAGCACCAGCUUGCCGAAUACAGCAUCCGCGAUGUUGGCUGGAUCACCGCAAUUUUCGUGUUUCUGACUCUAUUUCUUGGAGUCCAGGUCGGACCACUGUUCGAUCGAUACGGUCCUCGAGCCUUAUUGACAUGCGAAGGUUGA